AUUACACGGAGCAGGACAGUAGCAUGGACGCAUGGAGUACCAGCCCCGGAAACACUAGCAUGGACACGAGGAUUACUGUCCCGGGGGUUACACGGAUGGACAAGUGGAUUACUGUCCCGGGAGUCACUAGAUUGGGCACAUGGAUUUCUUUUCCCGUGAUAUCGGUGUUAAGUACUGCGGUGAUUGUCCUUACAGUAAUGAUACCUGGUUGUUCUUCAGCGUCUAUCAAAGCGGAAAUGCACGUGCCUAGGGGCAGCCGUGUGAGCAUGUUUGACCUGUACAACAUGAAUGGGGUCGAGUGUAGCAUUUCCGGGUCAGGGAUGUUUCGUAGUAAGGACGUCGACAUCAAACGUGCACCUGUUUGUCCCCACCAGGUUUGGAUUUUCUUUUACAAUGCUGGUGCUUGGAAGUAUGAAUUGAGAAUUGAUCCUUCCUCAGAAUCAACAAAUUUAAGGUCCUGGAUGAAGGAAAAACCAUCUCACUAUUUCCCUCGUGACUUCCUUGGCAAUGUUAGUCUGGACACGGGGGAACAGGACUUUGACUUCCUCUUGUACGACGACACUGAUAACAAUAUCCGUGCGGCCGUCUACAACAAACGAGAUGACGUCACUAGGCCCAGAUUUUUCUACAGCAGAAAUGCUUUAUCACGGAGUGUUUUACAAGAUAGUCUAACUAAUACAGGCACAGGCACUACUUUUGAAGAGGCUGAUAUGAUGAGAAUUCGACUUGUUUUCGAUGACACGUGUGAACCGGUCCAAACUCCGAGAUACUACAACACAUGUACGGAGGCCUUAGAUACGGAAUUCUGUCCUUGCGACUGCGCAUACUAUGACAAAAUGAUGUACUGGGAGGUUAACGCACUUCCGGAAGACAUGACGGACGACGAAAAGAAGGAAACUGUCCGACCGGAAAUGGAGGCAACAAAGAAACAGUUGACAGUAAACAAAACAGAUCUUUCGUCAUUCAGGAACAAGAAAAUCAGCGCGUCUGACAGUCGAACAUCAGCCAAAGGUCUUGGGAUGCUCGGGGCGAUUAUGCUAGGCUUUGUUUUUGGUUCACUUGUCCUGUGCGACCUCUUGUCUAUAAAAACACACGCCAACAACGUCAAGGGCAAGUGCUCUUGUUGCAAAAGAUAAAGUUGGCUUAAGACGUAAGAACAGCAGUCUGCUUCAAGUGACAAUGUUUUAUACUCUUUAUAAUAUACUUACAAAAGUACAAUAUUGUCUGGCCAAUGUAUCCAUUGUUUACGGUUGUCAGACGUGCAUAUUAAAUUUUAGUACUUACUGCGACCUUCAAAAAUAUACAUAGUUUCUGAACAUGGAAUAUAUAUUAAGCAAUGUUGCUACCUUUUUUAAUGUUCAUUUGUAUUGAAUUCCUGUUUAAACAUUUGUUUAAAUGGACAGGCAAAUGUAAUCGAAUCACGUGACAAUCUAGUUGUAACAGUAAUGCCGUCAAAUAACGAUACUGUUGGAGACUUCGUGAUGACGCGAUGUAUCAUGUGUAUACUGGCGUGUGCUUUACGUUCCAUCUAACAAUCACGUAAGUUGAAUUUAAGACAUUCUAUAAAAUGUUUGGGUUCCAUUUGGCACUAUGAAUAAAUUGUUUAUAUUUGUGUUGUAUUUCCGUACAUUUUUAAGUGAAAUUGAACUCUGAUUUACAUAAAAAGCCUAGAACUAUUUU